GAUCUAUACUUAAUUUGUGAAUAUUACAGAUUUAUGUUAAUUCCGUCAUCAAAGUGCUGGUUGGAGAAGACACCUUGCAAGAUUGGCUUACCAAAGAUUUUGCCCAUCACCAGUUACAAAAUGCUGCUGUCAUGUUAUCCUCAUGGCAAAGACCUCCAUUACUACUUGACCCUUAUCUUGCUGGGGCAGACUGGUGUGCUGUUCACCUGCGCAGGAAUCCAAAUAUCACACCUGUCAACCUCACAUCCAAAAUUGAAAACACUCAUGUCAUGUCAAUUGAAAAAUCAGUUUUGGGAGGGCAUACCCUCAUGCUCAUGGAUUGUGAACACCAAGCUGGUGCCCUCGUGAGGCCACUGAUUCACCAUUCAAACACAGCUGGGUGGCGUAAAGAGCGCUCCUCUGAUGAAUCACAAACUGUUCGGUUUUUAGGCCGAAGACUUCUCUGUCCAGAUUCUUUUUUAUUAUACCUGACCACAACUCAGAUGACAGCAAAUCGUUUACACCCGGAUAUUACUGCAGCAACACAACUGAUAAGUUAUGUACCAAGCACUGAAACAUUGCAGGAGGACCUUUUACUACGAGCUGUGUCUCGUGUGCGUCCUGACAUUUACCGAGAGCGGCACCGAGUGUCAAGAGCCAUCCGGCAGCACCGGCACACUUUGGCGCAACUUGACAGCAUCUUGUGCGAGCGUCUGGUCACCGGUGACGACCCAAAAGCAAUUGAGAACUCAACAAAAUUCCUCUCCAAUGUUGUGCAGUUAAAACAAGAUGAAUCAGAAAAACUUGUGACUGCAGAAGAAUUACUAAUGACACUGACUAACUUAGUAGAAGAACUUUACCCCAUUGCACAGCGUGGUGCUUUCUUGUAUUCAUUAUGUAGAGCCAUACCUUCUCUCAACCCACAUUAUCAGGUUCCCCUCCCCUACUUCACCCACCUCUUCGACACAGCAGUUGGGUCAGAGUACGAGGAAGAAGAGGAAGAGGGAGGUGGACUUCUUCAGGAUGUUGCCGUGGUGCAUCCCAGUGAUGUAGAUGAGGAUGGAGAAGAGGAGAAGAUGAAGAUGGCUGCAAAGAGGAAAGCAAGUCUUCGCCUUGGAAGCGCUAGGAAGAUGAUCAAGAAGAGAGAUAAGAUGAAAGAAACACUAUCAACAACUGCUGAGGAAGACGAGAGAGAAGACGCGGAAGCAAGUGAUCAUGAAAAUACAGGUGCCUCCCGUGGCCCACCAGAAGCAGAGGAGACAGAAGUUUCAGAACGACCAGAUUCUGGCUCUCAUGUUGCUGUACCUGAUGUUGCUACACUUCCCACACGAGGGGUGGAAUAUACAAGUUUUCCUGCUGAGAAAGUUCAAGAGAUUGUGGAAAUAUUGACGAAGAGGAUCUUUGCAAGUGUUUAUGGAAGUGUAUGUCCGGAACACCGCCUUCAAGUGACAGCCCUAGCUCUGCUUAAUAUACAGCUAGAUGGCGCCGACGCUGCGUUCACAGAAGAAGAAAUGACUCUUCUGGUUCACGGCAAUCCUGGAUUCGGUCGUUCUCUCUCUAUCAGUCUCUCAGACUUUGAGUGCUCUGCUUCUGUUCCCGACUGGCUCCCAGCUGAUAGAUGGGAAGAUUUGUUGGCAUUCUCGGUCCUCCCAGGGUCGCUAGAGGGCAUAUGUGUUCGUGUUGCUGAGAAUAACGAACAGUGGAAGGCGUGGUUCCAUGAGGUGGCGCCAGAGACGGUACCAUUCCCAGCAUCAUCAUCUGACAACUUACCUGACGAUGAUUCGAACCCAGAACUCUCCGAUUUCCAGCGUUUACUUUUGAUACGAACAUUACGUGCUGACCGAUUGGAACCAGCAUUAAGGGUGUAUGUGGAGCAACAUAUUGAAGGCACACCUAUGCAUGAGGUUGUGAGCAUGAACAUACCACUUGACUUGGACACUUUGUUCAAAGAUGUUUCAAACACUCUUGGUAUCCUUGUGUUGUUACCAGACAUUGAUGAACCAAAUACAGAAACCAGGAUUGUUCUGAGGCCUGAAGAUGCAAUUAAACGACUCGCACAAAAAUACAAAGUGAACGUUGAAAGUGUUUUGAUGGGAGACGGUUAUGUGCAGGAAGCAGGACGUUGUAUUGACACAGCAUUGGCACAAGAUACAUGGGCUCUUAUUAAUGGCUUGCAUCUCGCUCCAGCUAAAUUUUUUGAAGAUCUUCAGAUACAACUGGCGCGUGUGGGAAACAUAAGUCGACAGAGCGAAUGUGGUAACAAUGACCCCUCUGUGACAUCACUGGGUUCACAUUUUCAAGUUUGGAUGACCAGCCGGCCACACCAGUCUCUCCCAUCCCUUCUUUCACAAUAUUUGUAUAAAUUAUCAUGGGAUACAUUGCUCAAACUAGCACUGGAGGAUUCCACCCACCCAUCAGAACCAAAGAUAAUGUCCUCACCCACAAGCUCUGUUAUCAAGUCAUGUUUGAUUUCAAGCAUGGCACGGAUGCCAAGUUAUAUUACAACUCAGUGGACAGAAGCUGACAAGAAUGUUCGCCGACUGUUGUAUGCAAUUUGCUUCUGCCAUGCUCUGCUGGUAACCAGGCAGUGCUUUGGUUGGCAUGGUAACAACAAGUACCAUCCCUUAAGAGAAAGUGUUUUGCGACAAGCCAUGACUUACGCACUAGCAGAAAAAUCGCAAAAUGCUGGUAUUUCACUUGCGAAAUGUGUUUACGAUGACGUUAUAUUGACUACAGCAGAUCAGAGAUAUGUCCACCAGCUAUUUGAUGAUGUUGUUGAGCAAAUAGCUUCACAGAAAGGCCAGAAACAGAAAGCAAUUGAAAUAAACGGAGUUCAAUUCCAUAUUCCACCAUCAGAAACAACUCCAACAGAUUACCCAGCAUGGUUAAGUGCUAACCUUCCAGAUGACAUUGAUCUUAUAUCUGCUCUUGCUUUGCCCUCUACUGCCACCACCUGGCAGACCACUCAGAGUGGAGAGAAAAUGCUUCUCCAGCUGCAGGAUUUGUUUAAUGCAGUUCAACAGCCUGGCUAUGAAUCCAAUGUUUUAUCACCUGGACAAACUCAAGAGCCCAGGGCUGCUCACCUGACACUGCAGGGGUUACAAAAUGUCAUUGACCUUUGCUCUGAGAAGCUCCCACCUUUGCUGAACCUUGGAAGGUCAGACAAGGAAAGGUUACUUGAGUUCAACUUCCCGUACCACAGAGCAUCUGUUCUAAGCUCAGGGAACCCAGAAGUUGUACAUAUGCCAGAAUCAAUUGGAUUUGUGCUGUUGCAAGAGUGCAUAUGGUUCAACCAGUGUGUAUGUCAUGUAAGACAACAGCUUCAUUUACUACGCACCCACCUCUUUGCGACUUCUGAUUACAAGUUAUCCUCACAACUAUUGGAGACAGCACAAGCUUUAUCUUCAGAGGAAGUUCCCCCAUCUUGGCAACACUUGAAUGAAUCACCCAACACACAUGUAUUGUUAACAUGGCUUGAUGACAUCACAAAAAGAUACAAGCAGUUCCGAUCAUGGAUUAAAAGUGGGAGCGUGCCUCUUGAUGGAAAAACCCCAGUGGGUAACCUUUCAUCUGUAUGGCUUGGUGGAUUGGUUAAUCCAGGUGCUUUGUUGAUGGCACUCUGCCAAGAAAAGGCUGUUUUGCAUGACUCUACACUUGACCAGAUUCGAGUCUCAUGCACAUUGUCGCACGAUGACGAUGCAGCAGAACACGAAGCCGGUAUUUCCCUUGAGGGAGUCUCCCUUCUAAACGGAAAAUGGGAUUCAGGAAAAGAAUGUGUUACCAAAGCCACCAAUGAUGUCACAAUUUCCGCUCUUCCUUCUCUCUUCUUUUAUCCCACUCUCAUGACAUCUGAGGAGGAGGAAGAGAAUGUAAAGAAACAAACACAAGAGAAUCUAGUGGAAUAUCCAGUCUAUAUGAACUUGUCUCGACAAUCUUUUGUCUGUUACCUUCCCCUACCAUCCGAGAAUGUUUCGCGCUUCAGUGAACUCCAUAACGGACUCCCAUUAUCCACCAAUUGUGACAUCAUACUUCAGACUGGUCCAGACAUCACGCAGCGUGAUGCUUUCAAAUCACGUGCAUACCUGGCCAAUAAGAGAAGGGAACAAUGGUCACGAGUAUCACCUGAAGUGAGUGAGCUCAUGUCACGAUCAGGAACCAGAAUGUCUUCUGCAAAGUACUCAGGUCCACGAAUGUCGAUUGCUUCUCUUCCUCCCAGUAUAACUGGAACAAAACAACCAACCAAACCCACAGAUACCAAGUUCGAACCCCAACCCCAACGCUUACUUGAAGAAGGCAGUGUGACAUCACAAAGCAACAAAUCAUUGUCGAGUCUUGCCUCAUCGCACUUGAAGCAACCACAGAAACAAAAUCCCAAAGAAACUGGACACCCCCAGCGUACUCUACCAAAUGGACACGUCACCCACUCGAAACCUGAAAAUCAGGACAAUGGCUCUUUGGUCCCACCCACUGGUGAAGAGGACCAAGAAAAUGAGCCAGAGAUGGAGAGAGAAGGCAGUUUGUUGCAGACAAUCCUAAACGAUGAACAGCCUUCAGAUGAUGACAGGUCAUUUGCUACACCAGAAGGGUCAGUUAACUGAUAGAAGAUAUAUCCUCUUUUUUUUCAACUGCUCCAAGCAGUUUAAACCAAGAUCUAAAUUUACCUAUAAGUUUGAAUUACCUGUAUUUUACUUAUCAGGAAUCGUGUUUUUUUAAUUCAUUUUGUUUUUCACUGUAGUUAAAUUUACCUGGUUUGCUUUGCCUUAGUUUUUUGAACGGUUUGUUUUAUUUUCACUGUGCUUUUAUAGAGUGUUUAGUUGCAUUUGAAUUAUGAAUUGUAGCUUUGAGAAUCACUAUUUAAUAAAUAUUGAAUUAAAA